AGUGGGCAAACACGCAUGCGUGAAGCUCUGCGCUGAGAAAGCGCCGCCUGUGGCCCUUAUUAGCUUUCAGUGACAGGAGCAGCAACAGCAGCACAGCGACAGCCUCCAUCACCUGGAUACAACACGGGAGGCCUCUCCACUUUGUGUUGUUAAAGCAGUGAGGCCGACAGGUUGAAGAUCGCUUUGUUGAAGGUGCCAUUACUGUGACCCAGGUUGCAUCACCUUUUCAUCACCAUGGUAGUCUGGGGGCAGUACGUAGGGGGGGCACCCUAAUCUCCGCUUCUAGGGGAAUCCGCAUCCCCUUCAAAAGCCACCGCACCCCCGCCUAUACCCAGUAACAUGCCUCAGGGAAGCGCACAGAGCUGGCAGCAGCAGCCAAUGCAAGUGAACCCCAGGAGUGUGAUCCUUAGUUGCCGGGAGGUUGACAGGAGAGCGGCCCUCCUUUUCCAGCUGGUGCCCAGCUCUUGACUUUCACCCCCUCUCUUUCCCCUGAGCCUCGUCGCCACCGCUUCAUCUACUGCCUCCAGCACCUGAACAUGGAGUCCGUGGGCAAGUUUGAGUUCAGCCGGAAGGAUCUGAUCGGCCAUGGAGCCUUUGCUGUUGUUUUUAAAGGCAGACAUAAAGAGAAACAAGAUUUGGAAGUAGCAGUGAAAUGCAUCAACAAGAAAAAUCUGGCAAAAUCCCAGACUCUCUUAGGAAAGGAAAUCAAAAUACUAAAGGAACUUAAACAUGAAAAUAUUGUGGCUCUUUAUGAUUUUCAGGAACUGGCAAAUUCAGUCUAUCUCGUUAUGGAGUAUUGCAAUGGCGGAGAUUUGGCAGAUUACCUUCACACCAUGCGGACACUUAGUGAGGACACCAUCCGACUUUUCCUCCAGCAGAUAGCAGGAGCCAUGAAAAUGCUUCACAGCAAGGGGAUCAUUCACCGGGAUCUAAAACCCCAGAACAUACUCCUGUCGUGUUCUGGGGGGCGCAAGUCCAACCCCAACAAUAUUCGCAUUAAGAUCGCUGAUUUUGGCUUUGCUCGAUAUCUGCAGAACAAUAUGAUGGCAGCCACUCUCUGUGGGUCUCCGAUGUACAUGGCACCAGAAGUCAUAAUGUCCCAGCACUAUGAUGCCAAGGCAGACCUGUGGAGCAUUGGCACCAUCAUAUACCAGUGCCUGACGGGCAAGGCUCCUUUCCAGGCCAGCAGCCCUCAAGACCUCCGUCUGUUCUAUGAGAAAAACAAGAACCUGACACCCAACAUCCCCAGAGAAACAUCAUGUCAUCUGAAACAACUGCUAUUAGGACUCCUGCAGCGGAAUCAGAAGGAUCGAAUGGAGUUUGAUGAAUUUUUCCAUCAUCCAUUUCUAGAUGCGGGCUCCUCCAUGAAGAAAUCUGUGCCUGUGCCAAUGCCAUCCUAUCCAAGCUCAGGAUCUGGAAGCUCUUGUAGCAGCUCCUCUACAUCACAUCUGGCUUCUCCCCCUCAGUCCCUGGGAGAGAUACAGCAAAUACAAGGGAAGACACUGGUGUCCCCUCUACCUGACUCUCCAGGGUUUCUUCAGGGUUCCAAGGAGUCUGCUGAAAGCAGCAGCAAAAAUUCUUCAUGCGACACUGAUGAUUUUGUGAUGGUGCCUGCCCAGUUCCCCAGUAUGCCAGGUGAUCUUGCUGCUGAUGGCACUACAAACAAACCUAUCCAGGAUACAUUAAUGUACAGCGGAUCACUGCUAACAUCCACAGGCUUAGAGAGUCGCGCUCGAACACCUUCACCAACUUCUGCAUAUAGCUGUUCUCCUGGCCCUUCCAGGCUGGCCCAGCCUUCAAGCAGUAGGUAUGGACAGUCAGUCCCCAUUCCUGUUCCAACUCAGAUCCAUAAUUACCGACGGAUAGAGCAGAAUCUGCAGUCUCCGAAUCAGUUCACUCCACCUAGAGCUGGAAUGGUGCGCAAGUCUAGUAGCACGAGCCCUGUUAGUUUCAUGAAAGGUGGCACAUCCCCUCCUUUCCACAUGGAGAGCACAUCUGCCCCCACACCAAGAAGGCUUUCAUUUGGUGGGGCAAAACCAUACACACCCUCCCCACAAGUGGGAACUAUCCCAGAGCAGCCUGGACAAAGCAUCACUGUAAGUCCAGCAGGAACGGAGACCCGGAACAGAAGUCCUGUCUAUGCAGGUGUUCCUGUGCCUGGGCAGAGCUCCCGUGGAAUGGGAUCCCGACUCCACAGUGCCCCUAACCUGUCAGACAUGCAAUCCUGUGGACAAAAAAUCAAGAAACAGUACUCUGAUCCUGUGAUGCCUCAAGACACAUUGACCCAGCCCAGCCAACCUCAGCAGAUCAACAGCCUGCAGCCAACCCGUCCUCUCAGAUCCUCCCCUAAGUUAUCUGAUUUCAUGCAGAGAAGUCCUCUACCUACUAUACUAGGCUCACCCACAAAGAGCAUGUCACCAUUUGAGUUCCCACGGGGUCCCAGCUCCCAAAAUCUGUUGGCUCUCCUUGCUCACCAGGGAGUAAUGGUCCCACCCACCAGAAAUAAGACUCUUCCUGACCUAAAGAACAUGGGUCAUUUUCACUGUCAGCAAAACAAUUUAGGCCUGCGUCCUGUGGAAGAAGUAAAAGGACCAUUUGGCAGGUCUUUUAGUACUGGAAAACUGACAGAUCUGUUGCUUAAGGCUGCAUUUGGGACUCAGGUUGCUGAGAUUGGAAGCACUGAUAGCCUCAAUGCAGAAAAACCCAUGGAAAUAGCAGCUCCCUUUAUUGGCUUUGGAGGUCAUUUGCCCAGUGGUGCACAGGUCGGAAGUUCCACCAGCCCAGCCCCUGUCAUUUUUACUGUUGGUUCACCUCCAGAUGGAACAGCCACUCCCCAAGCAAGGACCCGGGUUUUCUCUGUGGGAUCUUCCAGCUCUCAGAGCUCAGCAGGCUCUUUUACCGGAAGGCAUCUUUUGAUUGGAGCAGGAGGAGAAGCAUUUGAAUCACCACCCAGCCUCAGGUGCACCUAUCCUGAUUCUGGGACAGCUAAUGCUGAGGGUGUUGUAAUGUUUGAGGUGCCUGAACUACCUGAGGAAACACUUAUGGAGCAAGAGCACACAGACACCUUGCGCAGUCUCCGCUUCACUUUAGUCUUUGCCCAUUCUGUUAUGGAGAUCGCAUCUCUAAAAGGAACCUCUGCAGAUGUGGGUGCAUCAGUGAUGUCCGAAUAUCAGAUGCAAGAAAGUGUUGUGGCCGAUCAGAUCAGCCUCCUGAGUAGGGAGUGGAGUUAUGCGGAACAACUCGUUCUCUACCUGAAGGCUUGUGAGCUUUUGUCCUCUGGAUUACAGACAGCCAUGGAACAGAUCCGAACUGGAAAGCUGUGCCUCUCCUCCACUGUACGGCAAGUGGUGAAGAAGCUAAAUGAGCUGUAUAAAUCCAGUGUAUCUUCCUGUCACUGCCUGAACGUAAGGCUCCAGAGGUUCUUUGCUGACAAACAAAAGCUCAUGGAUCGGAUAAACAGUAUCACGGCAGAGAAGCUCAUCUUUAGCUAUGCUGUACAAAUGGUACAAACUGCAGCCCUGGAUGAGAUGUUCCACCAUCGGGAGGACUGCGUGCAAAGGUACCACAGAGCUUUGCUGUUGAUGGAUGGAUUACUGAGCUUCAUGACCGAUCAGAGUGAUAUAGAGAACAUUAGCAAAUGUAAGCUGUGCAUUGAACGAAGACUGUAUGCCCUGCAGGGCAGUAUUUGUGCAUGAGCUUGUCUUCAUUCCCUAGUCAAGCAUUUUUCUCACUAGUCAACCUGAAACCAGCUGAGUUCUGCAACGAAUCUGAUGCAUUUGGCAGUGUUGUAUCAAACACCUUUGGCAUUGAGGAGAUAUAUAUGUUCCAAUUCUGUUUAACAUUUGCCAAGAUAAUGAAGAAGGCCAUGGAAGAUAUUUAUUCUUUAUAUAACUGUAUUGCACCUUGUUCCUUUCUUCCUUAUCGCCCUCACCACUGCAGUAUGCUCAUCUUUUCCAAUCCUUCAGUAAACCAACCACCAUCAAUGGCCUGAGGACCUGGCAAUCCUAACUGUAGUGUAGUGCUGCUCAUUUCAGAAUCCUUGGGGCUCCAGCUCCUAACAUGCCACAGCUUUGGAGGCACCUUUUAAAAAUGAGAGCUGCUGGUGAGUGGUAGGAAAAAGCCUUAGGAAACCAAGUUUCCACUUAAAAAAUGAAGUCAAGAUCUUAUAGUUCUUUACAAGAAAGAUAGCUUAAUUAGAUCUGGAGCAAUAGAAGUACUGUCAAAACUGUUAAUAUGUUGGAAAGAGCCUUGGAAAAUAAGACACAAGAAUGCAGCUGGUUUGCAGUGUACUUUGUAAUUCCCUGCUCCAAGCAGACUUUGCAAUGUUAAUUCGAUCUGGAUGUUGAUCAUAUCUUCAGCGGAUCGUCACUUUAAUGUUGAUCUCAGCAGGAAUGACUUUAAGGCUUUGUUUGCACAAGACUGUACAAGCCUGAUAUGAUGGCUUACCCUCUCUCUCUUUCAGUGGACUAGUAAUAUCUGUUGAAUGUUAGGGGCAAUAUGUUGUGAUCUUGUGAAAACAACCACACCUUUGAGUGAAAGAAAAGAAAAAAAAAAACCUGCAAUGUUAUGCAAGACUGCGCAGAAUGCAAGCAUAGUGACCCCAGGAAUACAUGGAUACAGUAUACAGGAUCCAGACUACUUCAUCUUCUUUAAGCUUAAGGGUUCAUAGCUUUUCAUCAGAGGUCUCCUUACAGUGCACUUGGGUGUUACUCUGGAUCUUCCUGUAUUAAAAGUCCUCUCUAACUAAAGAAUAUUGUGCUGCUCAGAUCUCACUACAGCUUCAGAGACUGGCCGUAUCAUAGACAAUUAGUGCUUUAGCCUGUCAGCUAAGCAUUUUGGAACUCACAAUCUUAAGUCGCACUUUAUUAUUCACUUCUUUAGAUGAUCUGUACAACAACCAACACCAAAGCAGUCAUCACUAAACAUAUGGAAAAAAAAGGAACAUUUUCUAUUGAUUGUUUACUAAGCUGUUACUACGGAUUCCCUAUCAGCUUUUGAGUCAGCACAUUAAGCCAAGCCUUUGCUGCGCUUCACAAGAUCACUCAAGGCUAUUUCCCAGUUCUCUUUAGUUUUAAUACAAUAUUACCAGUGUACAUAUGCCAUUGUAUAUACAACUAUGUAUGUAUAUAAUGUAUAGUUAGUUAAAUUGUAUAUUGAUGCUUUGCAAAAACAGUAGGUUUCGUCUGCACCAUGUUCUUUACUGCCUUGUCUUCCCAGCAAGCAGUGGGUUCAUUCCUCCAUUUUCAUGGCAACUCACUGAUCCUCCUCACAUGGCGGUUGUUUUAUUUUUAUUAUUAUUAUGCUUCUCAGCCUCUUUCCUUUAGUGCAAGGAGUGAAGUGCAGCCUGGAAAUAGGACUUGUGGUAGCAUUACUUAAUGGCAAACUGACUCUUUAGUGCCUAAAGGCCGCAAAACUUGAACUGCAACAAGAAACAUCAGAGAUAUAUUCUAAUCCACUCCUGAACUGAGCUGCUGCUCCCUACAAGUAAUUUCAUAUAAUGUGGGCAGAUAUGCAGUCAAGGGAUUGGAAUUGGGAAGAUACAUAUAAUUUACAGGCGGCAGCCAGGGCAUUUUUAUUCAGUCCACUGUUUUAGUGCCCCAGCCCACUAUGACUGAUACAUUUCAGUUAGACUUAUGCCUUCCUUCAGAACAGAAUGCAGGGGUUCUGCAGUUUAUUGCUGCUUGGUUACAGUCCCAGGGAACACUGGCUAUAACGAAACCACUGGGAAGGACAGGCUAUAUAUGACUGUAGCAGCAAUAGCAUCUAAAGUGUAGCUGUUAUAAGAAAGACUUGGCUCAAUGUUUUGAAGUAUUACUCCAUAAACCAUGGUUUACAGGUCUUUUAAAGCAGCUGGUCAUGUUCAAAGUGUAAAUAUUUGCACUACCUAAUACAUAAGCAUAAUUAGUAAUUAAAAUGCACCCCAUGUUGGAUUUUGUUUUAAUUUCAUCUCCUCAUUGGGUAUAAUGUAUGUACAUAAGCUUAUAUCCUAAUAAUUGAGGCACAAGGCCUCCAGAACUGCUGCACAGAGAGAGUAAUAAAUUCUCUGUACAAGCACAUCUUGCUUAUGUAGGACGCUCUGAACAUGAACAGCUGGUUACAUCUUUAAAGUUUGUUUCUCAAUACUUGAAAUAUUAUUUACUGUUUUUUGGUCAGUUAGCUUAUUAACCCCUUUGAUGCCAAGAAGCUAUCCCAAUGCGCGCAGUAAAAAGGCUUUGGGUAACUAAGGGGUUAAACAUUUUGUUUGCCAUCAGAGUGCAUUUUUAUCACUUUUCUAAUUUGUAUAUAACAUUUCUGAGACAGUAUGGUAUUUAUUGAGUGGUAGCCAAAAAUACACAGGAAAAAAAAUUCUCACAAAAAUAUUCUGAAAAAGAAAAAAAAAGUGUCCUUUUUAUCCCCUUGCUAGACGAGACCAACUGAGUACUGCAGAUAUCUUGCUCUUUUGGGAUCUGCUAUGCACUGGGCUUGCUAAGGUUAAUCAAACUCUGUUAAUGUGUGUAGGUGUGCAUGGUGUAAGUGUCCCUGUUAUUCAGAAUUGUUCAGAAGACAAGACCUGGGAAAAAAUGACCAUCUACUUUAUCCCUGGCAGAGGGAGCCAGAGUCCCUCAGAUGACAGUGUAAGCUGGCAGUGCGAUGCAGGCUAUUGCACUGGCAGACAUUUCCAAGCACCCCACUGCCUCACGGUGCCUACAUUCAUAGGGUGCGGAUGUUGCUUUACAAAGGACUUGUGUGUUGUGUGUGGCCCUUGAAAUCCAAAUUUAGGGUAUUAAAGUACUGAAUUGCAAUUUGUGUGCAGCAAAGUUCUGUUUAUCUCUUCUGGCCUGAUUUAUCAACUUGAAAGAGCUUCCCAUAGACAAACAUAUAGUUUAUACAGUAGAUAUGCAAAACACAAAGUAUAUAUAUAAAUAACUCUUUUUAUUUUACAAAAGCUUAAAUUGUUCUGUCUAAUUCUCAAGGUUAAAGCAAUGUAUUCAUAAUACACAAAGGAAACUUAUUUCUUAAGUCAUAUACAUAUAUAGGGCCCUUUUUUGGAUUGACUAAUGACUUCUCACUGGGCUUCAGAUGUUCGGUUGGUUGCAUAGGUUGAUCCAAUGGGAAUGCAAGAUGGCCUGUCAACCCUUAUUCAGUGCAAUAGUCGGGCAGUUGGGUAAAAAAAAAGCCCAAAGAUUAUACUCUGUGUAUGGACAAACUUAUGGAAUAAUCAAAUCUUAGAUUCUUGCUCUGAAUUACAAUCAAAACAAAAGUGGUACAAUUCUUUUCAUACACAAAGGGGUUGAUUUAUCCAUAAAGAUUCCCAGCAGUUCAAUCUGUUUUAGGAUUUUUUUAAAACUUGCCUGGCUCUGGAAAUAUAAAAAAAUAUAUAAAAUGAUAAAAUAGGUCCCAAAAUUUUGACCUGCACCUGUUAUAGGGACAGGUAUGUUAAUUAAUUUUAUGCUUGAGCUCUUUCUUCUGUGGCAUGUGCUUCCAAGUAUCCUUCAUUUAGACAGACAGGCAUCAACUAAAUGAUAAAUACAUGAGAACUAAUAUAAGUAUAAAAGUUGUCCCUGUGUAUGCUAGUAAACCUGUGGGAAUUAUCUGGAUUAGUAAAGUUCAUCUUUUUCAUGCAGUGGGCAAGUUAUUUGGUUGGUAAUACAGUUAUAAUGUAAUACAGUGGAGUUGUUUAGCUCCUUGGCUGGCCUGUAGGCCUACAGUUGGAUCGCCCAAAUAUAGAUAUUUUUCACCUACAGAUCACACAAACUCCUGUUGUAAUGAUCCAGCUGCCAACUGAAAUUCCGGGUCAUAUGGCUCAUAUAACAACACCAGGUGCACAAGUACUGUGCAUUCAUGGGCACAACACACCUAGCACUUGUUCCUGGCACGGUUGCAAAGCCACUGCACUCCACUCACAGGCAUAAAGGGAGCCCCGGGCUGAAUGUCUACUUUCAAGCCCUGUAUGCCACACUGCCAGAUGGAAGGAGCACUGCUCUUGUUUGCUGUUUGUUCCCCCCCCCAAUAAUUAAUGAACCCUUUAGUUUUAGAAAAACAUUUCUGCACACAAAUAUAUAAUUCAGUAAAUGCAGUAUUUCAUGCCUAAUGUUGCAAUGUCCAACUGGUUGUUGUAGUACAUUUCUUAGCAUUUUCACCCAAGUGAAAGCGGAGUUGGAUAUGGUAUGGAUUUGGUAUUUGAGGGGCCACAGACUAGUACAAAUAAGAAGUCUCUGUUGGACAAACUUUCAAACAGUGACGAAUCCCCUUUGCACUGUUAUUGAUGCCUACCAACUAUGCAUAAUGCAAUUUCCUGCUCUGCUCUUCUGCACAGUUCACAAUCUACAUUGAUUUUUUGGGUCCCACAGAGUUUGUGAAAACAUUUACCAUGUUCUUUCUAUUCCUCUAUGGUACCAAAUGGAUAAACAGUGCCAUUUCUUGUAGAUUAAGACUGCUGAUUUCAGUAUCCUUGUAACUUGUUUCCACUGUUGAGUUGCAGGCCUUCUAAAGGUAAACCACAGGCUCUAGUCUUUGGGAGGAACCUUCAUUUCAGUAUCUGUAUUCCACUAACGACUUUCUAAGGAAAUGAAAUAUGUUCUCAGCUUCUUGUCCGUAAAUGUCAACUUAAACGAAAAGCAUGGCUGAAAGAACUUAAAGUGAUUAGUUAUGGUGUCUGUUUUUCCUGACCUAAUCCCAAAGGAUCAUUGUGGGCUGCAUCUAAAAGUGAUGUUGAGUGUGUGUGGGAUUUUUUGUUUCUUUUUUUAGUUUAAUAUGCUUUGUUUUUAUCAUUGUCUUGUGUUUUGAGUUGAUUUUUCUUUUAUUUGUAUAUCUUAAAGUAAGAAAAUAAAAUAUUUAAAACA